AUGGAAGAAUUGCGUGAAAUUGCAAGAGCACACUACAGAGCUGGCUCUCCAGAAGUUCAAGCCCUGGCAUAUGAAUUCUUCAAAUCACUUGACAUGAAUGGAGAUGGACGUGUCCAGCUGCACGAGUUCUUGGCAUUCAUGAGACAGGAAGGCCACUCGCGUAUGUACAAUACUUACUUUUUUCACGAGCUAGAUCGUGACCACAAUGGCACGUUAGAUUUCGGGGAGGUGAUGACACUUUACUACAUAAUUAAAAGUGGAAGGCCUUUUUGUGACUGGUGUGGACAAUUUAUACCCGGAAUAUUUUUCUCUUGUGUCGAAUGCUUUGAAAAUCCUCUAGGCUCUUUUACACUGUGUCGGGAGUGUUACAAGUCCAAAAAUUGUGAUCACAAUCACCGUGGUCGUGUCCAGUUCUUGGACAACUAUACGUUGCUGGAAUCCAAGAAAAAUUCAGCUAUGGCAAAAGCAGCAGGAAUAAAAAAGAAUCGGGUAAUGAACUUAUUUAUUACUGAUAUGUCUGAGAAACUUUUAUCAUCCGUCCAUUGA